AUGGAAAUUAAUAAAGACACCGCUUUUUUAAUAGUAGUAAAAAUGUCAUUUCGUUCACUGCACAAUUCGUAUUGCACGACUUCGGAAAAAUUUCUUAAUGCAUCAAAGGUAUUGAUCGAAUCGUUGCUAAGAAAGCCAUUGGCUAUGACUUUAAUAGCAGCCUGGUUAUUAAAUUUACUGCUUAUAUCUACGUUUUUUUCUGUAACUGUUAUUUUGAUGACCUCAACUAUAUUUCUAGUAAUUGUAUUUUUAGAAGGUGUUUUGUUCUUUUGGAUUUUUUACAUGUGCUGCGUAAUUAUGACUUUACUGGCAUUAUUAAUAAUAUCUACGAUAGGAUUUUUACAGCAUGUUUAUGAAACUUUAUAUGGAACAGAACCAAGAAUAGUAAAUAUAUCAGUUUUAUAA